AUGACAUGGCUCCCUCAUCAAAACGACGUCGUUUUGACGCUAUACGAGGCUGGAGCACGCAGGGUUCUAGUGACGGGCACGGGACCGAUGGGUUGUAUUCCAGCGGAACUGGCUAUGCGUGGCACCAAUGGCGGAUGCUCCGAAGAACUACAACGUGCUGCGUCCUUGUACAAUCCUCAACUUGUUCAGAUGCUAAAUGGACUCAACAAGCAUAUAGGCAAAGAUGUCUUCGUCAGUGCAAAUACUCAGAGGAUGCACAGCGAUUUCGUUAGCGACCCUCGAGCCUUCGGAUUCGUAACAUCGCAGAUACCGUGUUGUGGAUAAGGACCUUACAACGGGCUCGGUCUGUGUACUCAGCUGUCGAACCUGUGUCCGAACAGAGCUGUGUAUGCGUUUUGGGAUCCAUCCAUCAGAGAAGGCUAACAGAUUGAUUGUGGAGCAAAUAAUGACUGGAUCUAAUGAGUACAUGCACCCCAUGAAUCUAAGCAGCGUGAUAGCAAUGGAUUCAAGGAUCUGACAAUAACUAUUUCCUUUGGAUUUUCAUGUGUGCAAUGCAAUAAUGUGUUCCUUCAACUGUCAUAAAAAUGA